AUGGCUUCAACUCUGGCCCUCUUUCCAGCUAGCGAAAUUGAGUUACAAGAAAACUUUAUGAGACGAAUAAAGGUCUUACUUGGUGAUGUACCAAGGGGAAACUGGAAGAAAAAUGAGUUAGACCUUUCUUUAUCUACGACAUCUUGGAACAUGGUGUUUGCAAACUUCGAUCCUUCGAUGAUCAAGUACUGA